CGUUCACCGAAUCUUCUCUGGGUUAGGUUUGUUCCAAAAUCAGAAGAAGAAGAAGAAGUCAAAGACGAUACAAUACCACAACAAUGGCGUCGUCAUCAUCCUCGUACCUCCUCCUCGCGAUCUCCGUCGCAAUUUUCCUCUCAGUCACCACCAUCUCCGCCGCACGUCCUUGCAAAACCUUCCUCAUCUCGUCCUAUUCCCUCUCAAUAACCCCAGAAAACCCUAACCUCGAAUCCGAUUUCACAUCAACCCGAUUCGUCACCGUCUUCACCAUCCGUCGUCUCAAUCCUCACCACGUCGUUCCUUUCUUCGUCAAUCGCCGUCACGAGACGCCGCAACAGAUCCAAAGAUCGGACGACGAGGCUCGUUCCCAAUUCUCUCUCCCUUUGGUCUCCGAUAACAUCAAUUCGUUCAGAGAUCGGACCAGAGACAUCCUCAGCGUCGUUGUGGCUCUCUUAUUCGGUGUUGGUUGUGGUGCUUUGACCGCUGCUACUAUGUACCUUGUUUGGGCUCUUGUUGUGAAUCGUCAGAGCUAUGAUUUUGAGGAAGAUGAUUAUGAGAAUGAAGAAUCUGAUGCUGCUAGCUUGAAGAAGAUGGGUUAUGUUAAGAUUCCAGCUCCAGCUCCUGUCAAGGAAGCUGCUUGAUUUGAGGUUGUUCUUUAUCAUAAUCAAGAACAGUAGAACAACGAUUCCUUUUGUGAAUUCAGUUUCUGCAUAUUAUCAUGAUUUUACGUUUGUUGCUUAUCCUAUGUUUCGUACAAGUAAUCUAAACUUAAUAUACUCUAAGUAUCAGUGCUUUACGAUUUGUAGUCGAUGUUUGUUAUAUAAAGUGUGAUUAUGAUGUUUCUUAUUGA